AUUUUUAAGAUCUUUGAAUAUAUUAAAUAAACUUUGGGGGAUAAUCGUUGCUAUCAUAACGUGUAUUAGUUAGCAGGAGUGCUUGAGUAUUUGCUCACGACUAAGUCCCUUUCUCCUCUUAUUCCUCUUCUUCUUCUUCUUCUUCUUCUUCUUCUACUUCAUCUUCUCUCUCUUCCUUUCACUGUCAUCUCUUCUCAAUUUCUCAAAUGCCUCAUCUCCAGUUGGGUGGCACGACCCGACCGCGUUGAAUCCUUCAGACAGAUUUGUUAAGAAAAUAGAUUUUUUCUUCUGUCAAUUACUAUAAACCCAAAGAUCUGAGUUUCUUCUCUCUUCUUAGCGUUCCUUUCCUCUGAAGGGAUCUGCCAAGUUAUAGAUCACAAGAAUGGCAUCUAACAAGCAUUUCAGUAAAAGUCGAUCAAAUCUGUCAAACAACUCCGAUGCUCUUGAGCCAGAGAGGCCACCUGCUGCUCCUUCAGUCAGAUUUGUUCGAAGAACAACCUCAGGUCGCUAUGUUGGUUACUCGAGGGACGAUAGCGAACUGGGAAGUGUUGAUUACGAGAACUAUACCGUUACCAUCCCUCCAACUCCAGAUAACCAGCCAAUGGAGCCUAUAAUUUCUCAAAUGGACCGUUCGAUUUCUCAGAAAGUUGAGGAGCAAUACGUUUCCAACUCCAUGUUCACUGGCGGGUUCAACAGUGCCACCAAGGCUCACCUUAUGGACAAAGUUAUUGAGACGGAGACAAACCAUCCACAAAUGGCUGGAGCCAAAGGAUCGUCUUGCGCGAUCCCUGGCUGCGACGCUAAGGUUAUGAGCGACGAGAGAGGUCAAGAUCUUCUUCCUUGUGAAUGUGACUUUAAAAUUUGUAGGGAUUGCUUCGUAGAUGCAGUCAAAAGCAAUGGAGGGAUUUGCCCCGGGUGUAAAGAACCAUACAAGAACACGGAUUUGACUGAUCAGGGUGAUUAUAACAAUGGUCAGCAAAGGCUUCCUGGACCUGCGGGUGGCGGGUCAAAGAUGGAGAGAAGAUUGUCUUUGAUGAAGUCAACUAAUAAAUCAGCUUUGAUGAGGAGUCAAACUGGUGAUUUUGAUCAGAACAGGUGGUUGUUUGAGACCAGUGGAACUUAUGGUUAUGGCAAUGCCUUUUGGACAAAGGACGGUAAUUUCGGGAGUGGUAAGGAUGGAGAUGGAGAUGGAGAUGGUAUGGAGCCGCAAGAUUUGAUGAGCAAACCGUGGAGACCUCUUACUCGGAAGCUGAAAAUUCCUGCUGCUAUUAUUAGUCCAUACAGGCUUUUGAUACUUAUCCGAGUAGUUGUUCUUGCAUUGUUCUUGACUUGGAGGAUUAAACAUCAGAACCAAGAUGCUAUAUGGUUAUGGGGAAUGUCUGUGGUUUGUGAGCUUUGGUUCGCCUUAUCUUGGCUUCUUGAUCAGCUACCUAAGCUAUGCCCUAUAAACCGUGCCACUGAUCUUCAAGUCCUGAAGGAGAAGUUUGAAACGCCGACUCCGAGCAACCCAACGGGGAAAUCCGACCUUCCUGGACUCGACGUGUUUGUCUCUACUGCGGAUCCCGAGAAAGAACCUCCUCUGGUCACUGCUAACACCAUUUUAUCGAUUCUAGCUGCGGAUUAUCCGGUCGAGAAGCUUUCUUGCUAUGUAUCCGAUGAUGGAGGUGCGCUUCUUACGUUUGAAGCCAUGGCUGAAGCUGCGAGCUUUGCACACAUUUGGGUUCCUUUUUGUCGUAAGCAUGUGAUCGAGCCGAGGAAUCCAGACUCCUACUUCAGCUUGAAAAGAGAUCCUUACAAGAACAAAGUCAAGUCUGAUUUCGUAAAGGACCGGAGACGGGUUAAGCGUGAGUAUGAUGAGUUCAAAGUCAGGAUCAACAGCUUGCCUGAUUCGAUCAGGCGACGUUCUGAUGCUUAUCAUGCUAGAGAAGAAAUUAAAGCCAUGAAGACGCAGAGGCAGAAUCAGAUUAGAGACGAUGAGCUUUUAGAGCCCGUCAAGAUUCCAAAAGCUACGUGGAUGGCUGAUGGUACUCACUGGCCUGGAACUUGGUUGACUUCUGGUAGUGACCACUCCAAAGGUGACCACGCCGGUAUCAUUCAGGUAAUGUUGAAGCCACCGAGUGAUGAGCCAUUACAUGGAGAAUCCGAAGGGUUUAUGGAUCUAACCGAUGUGGAUAUUCGACUUCCACUACUUGUUUACGUUUCACGUGAGAAACGUCCUGGUUAUGACCACAACAAGAAGGCUGGAGCCAUGAAUGCACUAGUCAGAGCUUCAGCGAUCAUGUCAAAUGGACCAUUCAUACUCAACCUUGACUGUGAUCAUUACAUAUACAACUCAGAGGCGAUGAGAGAAGGCAUGUGCUUCAUGAUGGAUCGUGGAGGCGAUAGGCUCUGCUACGUUCAGUUCCCGCAAAGGUUCGAAGGUAUUGACCCGUCUGAUCGAUACGCUAACCACAACACCGUCUUCUUUGAUGUCAACAUGAGAGCUCUUGAUGGUCUUAUGGGUCCGGUUUACGUUGGAACCGGUUGUCUCUUCCGGAGAAUGGCGCUUUACGGGUUUGACCCUCCUCGAGCCAAAGAACACAUCCCUGGUUGCUGCAGCUGUUGUUUCCCUCGCCGCAAGAACAAGAACCAUGUUGCCGAGGAGAACCAAGCUCUGCGUAUGGCUGAUGACGAUAGCGAGGAGAUGAAUCGGUCUUUGAUCCCUAAGAAGUUCGGUAACUCGUCGUUCCUCAUUAACUCAAUACCAGUAGCUGAGUUCGAAGGCCGGCCUCUAGCGGACCACCCUUCGGUUAAAAACGGUCGGCCACCCGGUAAACUAACCGGUCCGAGAGAGCCUCUCGAUGCGUCUUCAGUAGCGGAAGCCAUUGCUGUUAUCUCGUGCUGGUACGAGGAUAAAACCGAGUGGGGAACGCGUAUCGGGUGGAUUUACGGGUCGGUUACGGAGGACGUUGUGACCGGUUAUAGAAUGCAUAACCGAGGAUGGAAAUCGGUUUACUGCGUGACGAAAAGAGAUGCCUUUAGAGGCACUGCUCCGAUUAACUUGACUGAUAGGCUUCACCAGGUUCUUCGUUGGGCUACUGGCUCUGUUGAGAUCUUCUUCUCACGUAACAACGCUCUUCUCGCAAGCCCGAGGAUGAAGAUUCUUCAGAGAAUUGCUUACUUGAACGUUGGAAUCUAUCCUUUCACGUCUAUCUUCCUUAUUGUCUACUGUUUCCUUCCCGCGCUCUCGCUCUUCUCUGGUCAGUUCAUUGUCCAGACGCUUAACGUCACUUUCUUGGUUUACCUUCUGAUCAUUUCCAUCACUCUCUGCUUGCUCGCCUUGCUCGAGAUCAAAUGGUCGGGGAUUUCGUUGGAAGAAUGGUGGAGAAACGAACAGUUUUGGCUCAUUGGAGGAACCAGCGCACAUCUCGCAGCUGUUCUUCAAGGUUUGCUUAAAGUUGUGGCGGGAGUUGAAAUCUCCUUCACGCUUACUUCGAAGUCAGGAGGGGAUGAUGUUGACGACGAGUUUGCGGAUUUGUAUAUGGUGAAGUGGACUUCGCUGAUGAUUCCUCCGAUAACGAUCAUGAUGGUGAAUUUGAUCGCCAUCGCGGUUGGAUUUAGCAGGACGAUAUAUAGUGUGAUUCCUGAGUGGAGUAAACUGAUUGGAGGAGUGUUCUUUAGCUUCUGGGUUUUGGCUCAUCUUUACCCUUUUGCUAAAGGGCUAAUGGGAAGAAGAGGAAGAACUCCAACGAUUGUUUAUGUUUGGUCUGGUCUUGUCGCUAUCACGAUUUCUCUUCUUUGGGUCGCUAUUAAUCCUCCGUCUGGUACUACUGAUAUCGGAGGGUCUUUCAGUUUUCCAUGA